GGGUGUGCUUUCAUGAUUUUAUUUUAUCAAAAAUGUAGAAUAUGAAAAUUUCCGACAAUACUGUGAUAUCCAUAGAUAAAAUGUUGUGAGCUGGUGAAAGAUUAGUAUGUGGAGCUCCAGUUUAACUAGGCAUGUGGUGUACAAAUAAAUAAGUUAGCUGGAGAAGAUGGUUGCAGACUCCGAGUUCCUGCCUGCUCAAGAGACUGCUAGAGUAUUCUAUCAGAAAUACGAACCCAAAGAGAUUCUUGGCAAAGGAGCAAGCUCAACAGUUCGGAGGUGCAUACUCAAGGAAAAUGGUGAAAAUUACGCUGUUAAAAUUGUCGAUGUUUCCGUGGACUUUGUGGACGAGGACGGAUACAAUAUCCGGGAGCAGAUCCUCCGAGAGGUGGCCAUCCUCCGGAUGGUCCAGGGGCACGAGAACAUUAUUGACUUGAUGGACGUGUUCGAGUCUCCGACAUAUAUAUUCCUGGUGUUCGAACUCUGUCCUAACGGAGAACUAUUUGAUUAUCUAACUUCGCAGGUUACUCUGUCGGAAAAGCGUGCAAAACGGAUUAUGAGACAGAUAUUUCUUGCAGUACAGUAUUGUCAUUCUAAAAACAUAGUUCACCGGGAUAUAAAACCCGAGAAUAUUCUACUAGACAAGGAUUUUAACGUGAAACUCACAGAUUUUGGAUUCGCUAAAGUUCUGACUCCGACGGAGAGACUCUACGAGGUUUGUGGAACUCCGGGAUACCUGGCACCAGAGCUUCUCAGAUCUGGUAUGGUAGAGAGGGAUGAGAGUGAAGGAUACGGUCUUGAGGUUGAUAUCUGGGCUUGUGGAGUUAUCUUGUACACACUCCUGGUCGGGUUCCCGCCUUUCUGGAACAGAAAGCAGCUCAUCAUGAUUAGGAAUAUAAUGGAAGCAAACUUUUCUUUCUCAAGCACAGAAUGGACCGAGGUUACCUUUGCUCCGAAAGAUCUUAUAUCCCGGAUACUAGUUGUAGACUGUAGGCAGCGUCCUACAGUUGAUCAGUGUCUAAAUCAUGAAUUCUUCCGCUACCGUAAAGACUCCAUUCCUUCUGAGGAGAUGAUUAAACGGGUUUUCAAACCAAAAAUUCAUUUUCGACGAGUCAUUCUUUGUGUCAGGUUUUUGAUCAGAUUAAAACGGUUCAAAAAUACUCCCCAGCCUCUAUCCUUACGUACUGCACAGCUGGAUCCGUACAGGAUUAAGACCGUGCGCAGACUUAUUGAUGGGGCCGCGUUCCGUAUUUACGGGCAUUGGGUGAAGAAGAACGACGGGCAGAACCGCGCGGCCAUGUUUGAGCACACGCCUAAGAUGGAUACAGGGAUACAUCUCAAUACAGAUGAAUUAGAGAAGAAAGAAAUACAAAGAGCCGUCUUCAUUCUUAAUGCUGAGGGUUGAUGCACGUUAGGAUAAAUUUUCUCAUAGACUAUAUCAUAUAUCAUACAUUAUAUACAUUAUACAUUACAUAGAUACAUUUAACUCAAGCAAUGCAGUUGACCCAAUCCGAUCUGCUUAAUCAGAAAUCACUUGAGUGUUGAGUAAUUCAGUAUUUAAGGAAGAGGGGUCUUCGUGAAACUUAAGCAUUUUAUAAUUAAUGCAAAGAACACGAUUUUAAGUACAAUACAAUGUAUUUGAACGGGUAGUUUCAAUGUAAUGAAAAAAAUGUUGAAUUUGGAAUUCUUUCGGUUUCUUACCUUGGUGCAAAUAAGAAAAAGGAAAUUAAGGACAAAUUGAAAAAGAUAAAUUUAAAUAGAAAUUAUUAGCAAUUGAUAGAAAUGAAUUUAAGCCACAUAUAAAUGAUAUUAUGGUUAGCUUUUAAAGUUUCCAUUUGCCGCUAAUUAGCUGAUAUUAAUCACCAGUUGGAAAUAUGAAUACUGAAUAGUUUAGUUUGCUGUAGAACAUUACAUUUUUCAGAAA